AUUCAUCAUCAUCUUCCUCAUCUUCAUGCACCACCUGAUUCCACCACUGACUCAUUUCUUUCAGGCGCUCCUUCAUCCUCCUCAGUCUCUGCAAUUACUACUAGGGCUCUCCGCACAGCUCGGAGACCUCUGAUUAUUUCUCGCCAGAGGAGGACGACGCGAAUACGGCGGCGUGCCGCCGGCCGCCACCACUUGGUGGUUGGCGAGGGGACUGGGAUCGGAAACUGUGCGGUGGACAACUGGCGGGGCAUUUGGAAGAGGAAGCGAAUCUUGAAGAACGUUGUUCGGGGUUUUCUUGCGGCGGGUUCGAAAACGGGUCUGAUUGAAAGGGAAAUUCCGAUUGCGCCGGCGGAGCUGAAGGAUUGA